AUACUAACAACCCUUUCUUUCUCCUUACUCCCCAACAAAUUAAACAAUGGCGAACGCGGCGUCUGGAAUGGCUGUGCGAGAUGAAUGUAAAUUGAAGUUUUUGGAGCUAAAAGCAAAGAGAAACUACAGAUUCAUCAUUUUCAAGAUUGAACAACAAGAAGUUGUUGUAGAGAAGUUGGGACAACCAGAUGAAACAUAUGAGGAUUUCACUGGAUCUCUCCCUGCAGAUGAGUGUCGCUACGCUGUCUUCGAUUUUGAUUUCAUUACUGAUGAGAAUUGUCAGAAGAGCAAGAUUUUCUUCAUUGCAUGGUCACCAGAUAUUUCAAAGGUGAGAAGUAAAAUGGUGUAUGCAAGCUCGAAGGAUAGAUUCAAAAGAGAAUUAGAUGGAAUUCAGUUUGAGUUACAAGCAACAGAUCCAAGUGAGAUGAGCUUUGACAUUGUCAAGGCACGUGCAUUUUAGAUUAAUUAAUGCACACAACAAAUAUAUAUCUAAUCAUUUUGUUCUUCAUUUUCCUCUAAAUUAUAUUGAAAUGUGUUCUCUUUUGUUCAUCUCCAACAAAACUACACAUUUUAUAUAUAGAGAGAAGCUUUUGUAAUUUUCUUUUUCUUUUUUUCUUUUUUACUCAAAUGUGUACGUGUAGCAUUUCACAUGCCAAUGUAUUUCCAAACUUCUUAAUUAUAUUC